UGUGCCGGGAAACAGAGGAACUGGCAUCGCGGGGAGUAGUAGACACGAACUACUAGCGGCAGAGGAGGUUAGUUCACGUUGAGCGUUGACGCGGAGGAGUGUUGUGCGGGAUUUACCUCUAACUCUGGUGCUCUUGGUUUUCGUGUACCCAGAAAAAACCAGUGAUCGAGUUGGGAAUCAGUGUCGGUCAGUCAGGCGAGGACCGUAGUGUAGGGAGUGAGUGCGCGGAUCACCUCGGUGGCGUGGAUUUUUUCCCAAGGAUUAAUUUUAUAACUCGUGGAGGAGUUGACGGAGGGAAGUAACAGUUCGGAGUGUUGGCAGACCUCUCCUGCCAACACUAUCCACACGCCCGUUUUUUUCUCACUGGUGCGUCAGGGCCCCCUCACCCCCCCUCGUCCAAUGCCAGGGAUUUCAGGGCUCAGGACCGAAGUUGAUCAGCCCUGGGGAGAGUGGUGUGGAGGCGCCAAGAUAUCGUCGGCGUGGCCCCAGGGCGGGUCGGCCCCGACCACGCCCGUCCCGCCCGUGCCGCCCGCCCACCUGGCGCCGCUGCCCCUCACCACCACGCACAAGGACAUGGACCCCCUGGACGAUGACGAUGUUAACUCACUGCAGGAUGACAAGGACUCGGGCGGGGCUGACGCAGAAGGAGUGUGGUCGCCGGAUAUUGAACAGAGCUUUCAGGAGGCGCUCGCUAUCUACCCUCCCUGUGGCCGGCGUAAGAUUAUCCUUUCCGACGAAGGCAAGAUGUAUGGCCGCAAUGAGUUGAUUGCUCGGUACAUCAAACUACGGACGGGCAAGACGAGGACUCGCAAGCAAGUGUCAUCCCACAUCCAGGUCUUGGCUCGACGCAAGCUGAGGGAGAUCCAGGCCAAGCUGAAGGAUGUACCCGGGGGCUGCACCUCCGACGACAAUGGCGGAAUGUUGCGUCUGGAUUCAGCCACCAAAGAAAAGGCCUUGCACACCAUGUCCUCCAUGUCUUCAGCCCAGAUUGUCUCAGCCACAGCCAUACACAACAAGCCCCUUGGCCUGCCUCCUCCUGCUGUGUCCUAUCCCAGCCCCUUCUGGCAGGGUGGACCACAGGCAAGCACCAGCAUGGAUGUCAAGCCUUUUGCCCAGUCCCCAUUCACAGGUGGAGAGACUAAGCCAUCUGUGGGGGUCAUGGGUGGACUGCUUCAGACAGCUGCUGCCCCCUCGGUCACAGUGCCUCCCUGGGAGGGCCGCUCCAUUGCCACGCAGAAGCUGCGGCUGGUGGAAUUCAGCGCCUUCAUGGAGUCACAAAGAGACCCAGACACACAGUAUCAGAAGCAUCUGUUUGUUCACAUAGGAGGGCCAACCACUUAUGCAGAUCCAAUACUAGAGGCAGUAGACAUCAGGCAGAUCUAUGACAAGUUCCCUGAGAAGAAGGGUGGUCUGAAAGAACUCUAUGACAAGGGACCUCAGAAUGCCUUCUUCCUUGUCAAGUUCUGGGCAGACUUGAACGUCAAUAUCCAGGAUGAGGCUGGCACAUUUUAUGGAGUUACUAGCCAGUAUGAGAGCCCUGAGAACAUGACCAUCACCUGCUCCACCAAGGUGUGCUCCUUUGGCAAGCAGGUGGUAGAAAAGGUGGAGACAGAAUAUGCCCGCUUUGAGAAUGGUCGGUUUGUGUACAGGAUCCACCGCUCACCCAUGUGUGAGUACAUGAUCAACUUCAUCCACAAGCUAAAGCACCUGCCAGAGAAAUAUAUGAUGAACAGUGUGCUAGAGAACUUCACUAUACUGCAGGUGGUGACCAACCGAGACACACAGGAGACACUGCUGUGCGUGGCCUAUGUGUUUGAAGUGUCCACGUCGGAACACGGGGCGCAACACCACAUCUACCGCUUGGUCAAGGACUAACACCACGCCCCAGGGCAGCUCCUCUUCGCUUCUUGCCAGGAGCUGAGCUGGCUUCUUGUAUAGCAUCACGUUCUGCAGUGGGAAGACAUGCCUUGUGAGGGACAAUAGCUUUGUAGCUCACCAGUCACAGUGCCGACCCAACCCGACCUAACCUGACCUCCUCUUGCCCUUCCACACCAGUGACACCAGGAAGACAUGGUGGUUCCCACCAGUGUGUGGCAGGAGGGAGUUUGUUACUCACACGGUUGUACUGGAAAGUCUGGCAGCUCAUCCUCCUUCAGUUGGCAUCCUCCAGAGGUGGAGCUGCCCACCACUGCACCGAAUGGUAGCAUAAGACACUCCCCACAGUGCAAACAUGAUACUCAAGCCCUGCAGGUGUCUUCGAGUGACCCAGCAACACAUAGAGGCUCAGUAUUGGUCACCGAUGCAACAUGCAGAGUUCUUGUGGUCUGAUAUUCAGACUUACGGCUCUGAACGACCACUGCUGCUGCCCUCAUUGGCAGUGUUCCAUCAGCGGCAAGAGUGUGGGUUAGCAGUGGUGGCUGAGCAUAAUAGCAUGUACAGACAGGGAAGGCAGCUGGUGUGUGUGGGAGGAGUGGGCGGGUGUGGCCUGUCGUGUGCCAAGUGACGGAUGCUUGGAGGCAACGUGGUGCCGUGCUGCCGCUGCACCAGCCAGGUCACCAACAUGCAAAUACCAUGCAAUGCCUACUGUACUUAACCAAAAAAUAAACACCAGCAUUCUCAAACCACAUGAUGCAUACGAUGUGACUACCCAAAUAUGAAUAAAGUGAUUGAAUAUUUUUGUAAUUUAUACUUGAGAAAAUUAAAUCUGUUUGCAAGUCCAUGGUGAGGCAUCCUUAUGACAGUGUCUUUCACAUCUCUAUCAUUGUAUUAUACACUGUUUCUCUCCACUUGUACAAACUAUCAUUGAAGGCUGUUUUGCCAAAAUAAGCAGCUUCUAACGAUCAUUCUACACAUAUCGCUUCUUGUUUAAUUUCUUUUAUUUUAUUUUAAUAUCUUUCUUUCUGUCUCCUGUAGUUUAGGUUUGUCAGUGUUUUUAAGAACUGUUGCUAGUGUAGCAGACGCAGGAGGGCCCCAUGCUGUCCCCUUCCCCAGCGUGCGUCCCUCCUGCCCCACACAUAUACCGGUAGAUUAUUAUAAUUAUUAUUAUUUCAUUUCUUUGCAAGUUGUUGAUGUUGUUAGGGAAUUUUUUGUGAUCUCAGAUGUUCUUAUCCAAAGGCUUUAAAAGUCAGGAGGUGAAGUUAUGAAUGGUAAUAGUUGUGUUCCACUUCAUUGUGUUGCUGUUUUAGUGCCAAGACAGACGUGGGGAGUCCUGAAGUAAGACAUUUUCCUGCAGCACAGCAUCACCAGUGUGCUGUGGCUUUCAUUAAUUUUUAUACAAGUAAGCAAAGAUUGCCAUAUUAAAUGAUAAUUUAUGCUAAUUCAUGCCAAGGCUUUUUCACCUAAUGCUGAUUUACGAGAAUUUUUUUGGGUCGAUAGCACACAAAGUGCCUUCAUUGUUUAGCCAUUCUAUUCCCUACUGUCUGAGGAAGGUUACAGCUGAAGCAUUUUUGUUCAAUAGUUUGAUAGAAUGAGUCAACAGAUCAAGGAGGCCCAGGUGGUGGUUGCUGGCAUGUGAUGAGACCUGAGACACCACCACCCAGCUAACACAAGUCCUCAGAGUGGGAAGGAAAGGCAGAUUGAUUAUCCCAGCAACUACCUCUCUUGUCCACCAGCCCUAACCACAUCCUUCAAGUCCUCCCUGGCCAGUGCAGGGCCCAGCAUCCUCAGGCCACCACUGGCUGCUGUCCUGUUACACAGCUGCAAACUUUUCAUGAGAUCUAAAGGUGCUGUUGUUUUUGUUCAUUUAUGUUUUUAGUAUGUUUAUUUUUUAUCUAUUUAUUGCUGUCGAGCUUUGGAAGUGUUUUAUUAAGUAGUACAGUGGUGCAAAUUUUUAUUUUGUGACUUAGAUUUUGAAGACACCAAUCUUAGCAUCCCAAGGCCAAUAUGAGAAAGUAUUAUCAGUCUUGUGUAGCCUGUAUUCAGGAAGUGUGACUGUCCUUUGUGUGUGGUGGACUGAGACACUCUGGGUGAGAGUCAGAGCAACAGACUGAGGCCCCAAACUUAUAUCAGAGGCUAUAAUAACAGAGGCUCCUAGUGUGGCAUUUUUUGGUGUAUUAAAGGCUCAUGUUUGAAACACUCAGUAUUAUUAACUAAAUGAAUGGUUCAGAGCCUUGGAUAUUCCUUCCUUGUGACAAAACGUGUAUGUGUGCAUAGAACGUGACACGAAGUCAUGUUUACUUGUCAUAUUAAUCCAGUGUCAUCAAAAGCUAGCAAUCAGAAGACAUGCAUUAUUUUUAGUGGUUUUCUCAGUUCCAUGAUGUGUUUAUUAAGCCUGUGUGUGGUAACAACCAUCUUAUCUGGCUGGUGACCAGCCCUGACUUGAGCAGCUGUUCAAAAUACAGGAUAAGUGAGCCUCAUACUGCUGUGAUAAAGGAACACAGGAUAGUAUCCACUCUGAGUGUAGAUUGCUGUUACUGCGUGCCACAAGGAGGUUAUCAUACUGUAAAUGCAUUGCAGAAUUUUAUCAGUAAUUAUCAUACCAAGGAUGCAAACAGAGACAAAAAUAUAUUAUGCUAAGCAUGUUAUUCAAGUCAUGCACUUCUAAUUUCUUCCCUGCGGUGGAGGCGGCCUUCCCCGGGACAAAGGUGGAGUGUGGCUGUCCGCCCUUGGUGGCUGCAGACACAUGCUAGGCCACCACUUAGCUGGGUUGAGUCUGAGUCGCAGGGUUAUUGACAAUGUUGAUAUUGUAGAUAUAGAGCAAAAUAUGAUAUAUUAUAAAGAAACAAAAUAGAUGUUUUGAAAAAUAGGCUGUAUGUUGUGGAGCAUAUUGUUUUAUGAAUUUAGAUUAUAUGAAAUAAGAUCCCUGAUAAGUAUUUGAAUUGGUAUUUGACUCAGACUUAACUCAGUUAAGUCUUGGUCUAAAACUUGUCACAGAAUCUGACUUUGUUGUAAAGUGUGUUUCUUGACCAUUUUAUGAGUUUUCAGAGUUAUUGGCCGAAACAUAAGUUUACCACCGUGGUAGACUGGAUAAAAUACCAUUUUGUACAGUUGUAUAAAAUAGACAUUUUUA